UCUAGUGCUGCGGAGGUCAGCAUGCUGCUGGAUAUACUCCUCGUCCUUCAUCUCCAGGUGCUAGUCAUAGCAUCUUCAUCCUCCGCUGAAGAAGAUGAGAGCAGUGAGAGGGAUGCCCAACACGGUAAAGGUUCUUCUCAUCAGCACCACUGGGGUUACCAUGAUCAGGACGCGUGGUUAUCUGCAUUUGAACACUGUAGUGGAACAUCUCAGUCUCCAAUCAACGUAGACACUCAUAAGGUUUUCUAUGAGCCCAAACUACCUCCCAUUAAACUGGAGGGGUAUGAUCUCACCGGCUCUCCCGCUCUUACCCUCAUCAACAACGGUCACACAUUGCAGCUGAGUCUGCCGAGCAGCAUGCGUAUCAUGAGGGGAUUCGAUCAUGUUUAUGUCGCAGCCCAGCUUCACUUCCACUGGGGAACUACAGAGGUCCCUGGUUCAGAGCACACCAUCGAUCAUGUUCAUUUCCCUGCUGAGAUCCACGUGGUUCAUUAUAACUCCAAAUACGCAAAUCUCACUGAGGCUGCUAGUAAAGCCGAUGGAUUGGCAGUGUUGGGAGGAUUCAUAGGUAUUGGCCUUCAUGACAAUGACAACUAUGAGAAGAUUCUGUCUGUGUUAACAGACAUCAGCAUAGAGGAGUCAGACACUGAGAUUCCUGGCUUUAAUGUGCGCCAUCUACUGCCGGACAGCCUGGACAGGUUUUACAGGUACAACGGGUCCCUCACAACCCCUCCGUGCUUUCAGACGGUCAGCUGGACUUUGUUCAACGACUCAAUCAGAGUCUCAAGGAGACAGCUAGCAGCCUUGGAGGACACACUGAAAACUGAACACAACAAGCUUUUGUCCAAAAACUUCAGAGCUCCACAACUUCUGCAUGGGAGAAAAGUGCUGGCAUCUUUCCACACAGGAUCCACUUCAAGAAUAGCCAGUGAAACUCUACCACCUGAAACACAAGACACCAAUAUAAUGGAAUCUAACGGACAUAUUCUGACGAUAAUCUUUGGGGUUCUGUUUGCCGUCACGUUGCUGGUCUUCUCCGUGUACACAUAUCAACAGAGGAAAAAGUACUCAAAGUACGUUCAUAUCCAUUUCUAAUUCAUCACUUCAUUUGAAUUAAGUCAGUAUUUGUUUGUAAACCUUUAAUACUCUCCGCUUUUUAGAAAAGAUUAAAUAUGUUUCUCUUUUGUCUCUUUUUCGCUACAGGUUUAAAAAAGACUCCAAGCAAAAUGUUAUUUAUAAGCCAGCUGCCGUUGAAAAAGACAUAGAUCAAACCUCCGUUACUGUAUCAUAAACCACGUAUUUAUUCAGAAACUUGUUUUGUCUUGUUUGUCUUCAGAGUGAGACUUGGGGAUAAACUGUUUGCAAAUUAGUAGAAAUUGCUGCAUACAGUAAUGCAAUAUGUCAUUACAUACCUGGGGGAAAAAAGGCCAAGCCCAAAAUGACGAAACACUAAGCUUUUAAUUGUCUUAACCACAAAUUAUUGGUCAGGAAAUAAGCACAGUUUAAGCAAAAGCAACCCACUGCCGUCUCAGAAAAACAUCAAAGACAGAAUGAAGUUUUUGUCAGAAUAUGGGACGUUUGAUUCAGAGCGGAGCCGAGUCGUGUGGAAUGAUGAAUCAUGAUAAAACAUGAGUUGUGUGGUGAUGCACCAGAGAUCUGGUGAGAAAUAUAAUGAUGAAUGCAUCUAGCACAGGAGCUGAUCUCUGUGAAAACUCAAUGCUUUGGAGUAUCAGAGAAUAUUGCAGAAUGGCUUUCUUCCCACAAUUAAAAAGUUGUUAUCUUAAAGAGGAACGAUCAGAUGUUAUUUUUUCAACAAGACUAUACUGCCAAUACGGCAAAGAUGACCAAGUCCAUCAGGCUCAUGAAAUGACCAGGUCAGAGUCCAGAUCUGAACCCUACAGUGAAUGUUUGCUCUCAAAUUAAACUCAAACAGACUGGGAGACACUUUUCAACUACUCAUGAACUGUUUGAAGCCAUUAACAUUGAGAGGAACAACACUGACUGUUCUUCCUGUAAAAAGCCGUCUGUAAGUUUACCCACAUUAACGUCUAACCCUCUGGUAUUGUUCAUUUGGGAGUCACACUGGUGUUGCUCACAGUCAAAACCGACUUUUUGUGAAAUAAAUAUACUAUAUUUCAUUUCAAUAUUUCUUUUUAACAUUUUGCAUUUUGAGUGUAAUUCGUGUUACUAAUUAAUAUUCAUAUCUAAAUUACGGACUAUUUUCUGUAUAAAAUGUAAAAAAAAUUUUUAAAUAAUUUUUCAAUUAAUAUAGUAUUUAAGUUAAAUAAUAGAGCAAAAUUAUUUAAAAUCCAUUGAAUUGAGGCAGAUUUGUUUCACCUUGUGGUGGAAAAAAGAAAAUCAUUAGAUACCAGUGUAGCCAUAUAAAUAUAUACCCGUGCUGUGCAUUCAUUAUUUACUGAGCCGUGUUUUCAGACAUAAUUGUUUACGUUUUGUCACCCUUUGCAUUGUGGCUGAUUUGUAGAUUGUACACACCAAAACAACUCUGUGUGACUAUUUUUUUUAAAGACCAUUUAGCUUUUUGCAAUCAAGUCCACAGUUUUUUUGUUUUUUUUUUACAUAGGGACUGCCAUAAAGGUUUUUUUGUUUGUUUUUUUUUUAGUGAAAUGACCGAACAACAUCAGAGGGUUAAAGAAACCACAAGUGGAAGAUGAUUCUGUCCUAAGUUACUUCAUCUACAGUUUGUGUGCAGUUCUUGAUAAUUUCCUGACCAGUGAUUUGAAAUUAAAAUGGUUAAAAGUCCACAAAAAAAUUUUAAUUUUUGGUUUGGCUAAUUUUUUUUUUUUCUUUCUUUGCCCUGGAGUAUGUGUCUGGAGGUUUUUGUACAUUAAUGUGUCAAAUUCUUUUUUUCAUUUUGCUGUUUCAUAUGUUUCUUUGCUGUUUCCAUUGUAUUUAGGAAAUGAAUCAUAACAUAUUAUUCAUCCACCUACAAAAUGUACAAAGGUACUCUUAACAGUAUCUGAGUGAGCAGAACCUAGUUUACAUAUAGAUAAACCGUCAAACCACAGCCAUGCAUUUAUAUAUGACCCACAUAGUGACCACUGCCUCUGUCUCUCCAGUCAUCUUACACUACACUUCAGAAACUAUAUUUUAGUCUUGACAUACAGUUUCAAAAUUGUAAGUGUAUAAUGACUUUGUGAAGCCAUGUUGUUUUCAGUCUAUUGUUCAUUUGGGAGUCACACUGGUGUUGUUCACAGUCAAAACUGGACUGUUCUUUGCUGCAUGUCCUGUCAGCACCAGCAAUGUUUAAGACGAUUAAACUUUGAAUUUGGAAAAUCCAUGAGUUAACUUGUGUUAUAUAGAAGAAAUCAUGACAGGUCAUGUAGAGGUGUGUAUUUCAACACAAUUCAGUUGAAGACUGACUGUGAAGCAUGGAAUCCAAUGCACUUGGCAGGUCAGGGGGUCAGUUCUCACAUUUCAGUAAGAUAUUUAACAAAAGGGCAAAGGUCACAUGACCCCGAGAGCCUAAAAGCCACAAAUACCUAAAACACUUUAUACAUCAACAGGAGUUAAUACAAUAUCUAACUACUGAAACAGUGAUUUUACAGCAUUUAUUCGGUUAAUGUCAAUUACUGAAAAAAAAAGUUUAAAAGUUAACAUUAAAGGGACAGUUCUCCUACAAAUGCAGUUCUGUCAUCACUUACUCGCCCUCAUGUUGUUCUAAACCUCUGAGUUUCUGGGAACACUUCAGGAAUUAUUCUACAUCCAUAAUCCUACCCAAUACCUAAACUUAACACCUACCUUACUAUUAAUAAGCAGCAAAUCAGGAGUUUAAAAGCCGUAGUUAAUGGUUGCUAAUGGCGAGAAUUGAACGUUAAAAUAAAGAGCGACUGAGUUUCUUUCUUCUGCUGUACACAGAAGUAGAUAUUUUGGAGAAUAUAUGUCCAUAAAAUGAUACCCAAGGCAUUUACUAAUGUUAAUAAAUUGGACAUUAUUGUGCAAUGCUAUCCAAAUAUCCUAACAUGA